GUUAGUACAAUACCGACAUUUACAACGCAGCGGCGGUGGGAUUUCGGAUCUAGUUCUUCUAUUUUGAAAAAUACGUGAUCAAAAAUUAUCAAAAUAAAUCGUCUUCCAAAGCGGUUCCUGCUUCCUUUUAUCGAGAAUACCAAAAAACACGAUCGCAGCAGAUGUUAAUCGCUUCAUCUAUCCCAUUACCGAAAGGUCUAAGCUUCGACCGAUUCUGCCUUCAUGGCCGAUGCUUCGUCCCACAGGUUCUGGAAGAGCGCCGUCGAGAGGUAUCGUUCUCCGAAGGACGGAAUGAUGGCCACGAUGCGUUUUCCCUUGUUUUCGGGGCGCUUGGCAACUUGCGUGGCGGCCAAAACGGAAGCCCCGCUGGAAAUUCCGCAAAAGAUUCCCUCUUGGGUGGCCAUGUUGCGCGCCAUUUCCAUGGCGUCGUCGCCCGCGAUCUGGAUAACCUCGUCGAGCAAGCUGGUGUCGGCGUUUCCGGGGAUGAAGCCGGCUCCGAUGCCCUGGAUUUUGUGGGGACCGGGCUUUCCACCAGAGAGAACCGCCGAUUCGGUUGGUUCGACGGCCACGAUCUGGAGGGAAGGAUUCAGUGGCUUGAGGUAUUGUCCGCAGCCCGUGAUGGUUCCACCGGUCCCGACUCCGCCGACCAAGAUGUCGACCUUGCCUUCGGUAUCAGCCCAGAUUUCCGGUCCGGUCGUCUCGCGAUGGAUCUUCGGGUUGUCGGCGUUGUUGAAUUGCUGCAACAAAAAUCCGCCCUGCGUAGCAGCGAUUUCUUCGGCCUUGGCAAUGGCUCCUCCCAUUCCCUUGGCGGCAGGGGUGAGGACCAGCUUGGCCCCGAAGGCCUUGAGGAGGACGCGUCGCUCCAUGCUCAUGGAUUCGGGCAUGGUCAGGAUCAGGUCGUAUCCCUUGGAGGCAGCGACCAUGGCCAAUCCGAUGCCGGUGUUGCCCGAUGUGGGCUCGACCAAAACGGUCUCACCGGGUUUGAUGUCUCCGCGCUCUUCGGCCUGGGUAAUCAUGCUGAGGGCGAUGCGGUCCUUCACUGAGUUGGCGGGGUUGAAGCUCUCGAGUUUCAAGACAAUCUCUGCCUCGCAUCCCUCGUUGAGCUUGGAGAGCUUGACAAGUGGAGUUCCCCCGAUCAAAUCCAAGACGUUCUCGGCAAUCUUGGGUCUUUCCGCGCCCAGGGCGGUCGUCGAAGCAGUGGUGGACGUCGACGACGGAAGGGUGAAUGCCUGGGCCAUGCCAAGCGAGGCGAUAGUUGCGAGAGCUGCUGCGAACUUCAUCUUUUAGAUAAUAGAGUGGUUGUGUGGUU